GGCACGGAAGUAUUUUGGAAAGGCUCUACGCAUGCUAAAUCAAGCUUGUUCACUAACUACUUAAGUUCGGAUAUAUGAUGAAAUAUCGCAUCUAAUACGAUACCCCAGUUCUACCAUAUAUCCCUCCUCUCAUACCUCGUCUUACCUUGAAGUUUGAACCCAUACCAUAGUCGGCUAUCGACGGGUUAAAUUGUGCUCUAUCCAACUGAAAACCUCAUAUAUUUGCCUUCGGAGUUUAUUAUGGUGGCCUGACGUAUUGUCUCAACCAUAAGGGAUGGGUGCUAGCUUUAGUUUCUCGUCGAUGCUUGCUGGGCUCUAUAUAUUGGGUGGUACAGCAUAUGUUCGGUCAUCAUCAAAGGAUAACACCCCGCCGGGAAGCUUAUGCCCGGAAAGAUGCCCUUACUUGCUAUUGUUUAAAUGUGAUACACGCCGACUCUCACCCCCAGUCCAAAUUCUUGGAGUACGCUGCUAUCCCUCAGUUGUGGCGCCUGCAGCCCAAAAAGAAAUGCCGUGGGUGUUGCCGAUCGUUCACAACCGGAGUCGAAAGACUUCUUAUGACUGUGGGACGUUAUAAGUUGCGAGAUGCAUUGUGCUGUGCCAUCGGCACGAUGCCUGUUGUUCUAGAGCGCAAAAUCUGAUCGCCGUUAGGAACCUUCAGGAUUGACCCAUCGAACUGAGAUCUAACAGAUCUAAUAGAGCUUGAUCAAGUAACAAAAGGCGAAACAACAGAUCCUUACUCGUAAAAACACUAAAUCCCCGACAUUACAGAAGGCAAAUUAGAAUACGUACGAGUUAUGCAAAAGCAAAAGUGACAGCCAAUGCUCUAGAAGAACAGGUACAUAGUGCUCCAUUUGUAUUAUACCAUGUCUGUGCACGAUCCUUCCGGGCCGUGCCACACACCGACGCGAUGCAACGCAACGUCGGUAAUCAUCUGACUAGGUAGGUAUGGGGGGAGGAGAUAUGUAAUGGAGGUCAGCACUGUAGUAAUCCGCAAACGCCACACCCGCUGCAUGUUGGAGGCCCUGUUGAAGUGUUUUAGUGCUUAUCCAUCAAGCCUACAAUACUGUUCAGAACACUAAAUAGCAC